UCACCUUAUUUACUUGCCGGAGAAGAAGCAUAUUAUUUAAUUUGUCUGCUCUUCUUUCUUUGUAUUUCUUUAAUCUACCGAUUAUUAGUAAUUUGACACGGUACCACGUAUUAAAUUAUCUUACUGAGCAACGACUCAAUCUAAACAAUAAAUUAGUGUAAGGACGAAGAUGUUAUAUCUACAAAAGCCACUCAAAUGGCCGUGUUCGUACAGUGUCAAUAAUAAAAUAUUGUGUUUGAUUGUUUGAGAACUCUGAAUAAAACAAUGUUUCUUUCGAGUAAAUCUAUGAUGGAUAGCUUCCAAUGGAGAAAAUGGUUUCUACUGCUAACAUUUGCUGUUUUUCGAAAGCUGGAUCCUGUAGAAGGGCUGAAGUGCUAUUGCAAUAUUGACAGUCCCAGUAGCUGUCCAAACUCAACAUGUGAAACAGAUGGUUAUUGCUAUGCGUCAACUAACAUCGAAAAGGGAGUCCAGAAAUACACUUACCAACGCCCAGAGGUCAACGCUUACUGCUUACCAAAGAAAGCGUUCCCUCCCGAUCUACCAGCCAAUUGCAGAAUAGUUACGUCUUAUUGCUGUAGAAUUGAUCUCUGCAAUACUCCUGCAAAUUACUUUCUAUCCAAGCCCCAAUACACCAUGGGAGGCGAGAUUCUAACGCCUACUUCUUCUAAAGAAACAAGCCCUCCGCCGUCGGCAUGGCAAGUGGUGCCGUGGAUAGUGGGUAUGAUGAUGGUGGGGGUCUGUGUGGCGAUCAGCGUUUGGUGGAAGAGGUCGCGUAACAAGCACAAGCGCGGCUCGCGGCCACUCUUCCCUGUUGAAGAAUCUCUUUGCGAAACCAGACACCAAAUGAUGGGCACAGCCACUAUUAGAGACAUGAUCGAGUUGACGACCUCUGGAUCUGGCUCUGGUCUCCCUCUUCUCGUGCAGCGGUCAAUCGCACGUCAGAUCCAAUUAGUCGAUAUCAUCGGCAAAGGCCGCUUCGGCGAGGUGUGGCGGGGCCGUUGGCAUGGCGAGAAUGUCGCUGUCAAGAUCUUUAGCUCCCGAGAGGAAUGUUCCUGGUUCCGUGAAGCUGAGAUUUAUCAGACUGUCAUGUUGCGACACGAGAAUAUUCUGGGAUUCAUCGCUGCUGACAAUAAAGAUAAUGGUACGUGGACUCAAUUAUGGCUAAUUACUAACUAUCAUGAGAACGGAUCGCUGUUCGAUUUCCUGACCGCGCACACCAUCGACUCCACCACCCUGAUCAAAAUGGCGCUAUCCAUCGCCACUGGACUGGCGCAUUUGCAUAUGGAUAUAGUGGGUACUAAAGGAAGUGUACUCGCAGGGAAGCCAGCGAUCGCUCAUCGCGACUUGAAAUCCAAGAACAUACUGGUGAAGACAAAUCUUACGUGUGUGAUUGGAGACCUCGGACUAGCCGUGCGGCACAAUGUCGCCAGCGAUUCCGUCGAUGUGCCUUCCACUAACCGCGUCGGUACUAAGAGAUAUAUGGCGCCCGAGGUUCUGGACGAAACAAUGGAUACCCGGCAAUUUGAUCCAUACAAACGUUCAGAUGUGUACUCGUUUGGAUUGGUUCUUUGGGAAAUGGCCCGCCGCUGCGGCAUACCCGACGACUAUCAACCACCGUAUUAUGACUGCGUGCCACCUGACCCUGCACUAGAGGACAUGCGAAGAGUUGUCUGCGUCGAGAAACGACGUCCUAACGUCCCGAAUAGAUGGCACUCGGACCCCGUGUUGUCAGCAAUAUCGAAGGUGAUGAAGGAGUGCUGGUACCAGAACCCCGCGGCACGGCUGACAGCGCUGCGUAUCAAGAAGACGUUAGCGAACAUCGGCUCACCAGACUACAUCAAGCAGUAAGCAUGAUCCUUGGACCGGUAUCACGGCUUGAGCUAAUGCAUCCAUAAAUGUGUAUUUACCUACGUCCAGUUAGCAACUUGGUGCGGUCACUCACGGCGCUAAGUAGUUAAUUUGCUUCGUUACGAAGUUCGUAUUUAGUAAGUUCUGUACAGACGAUCCUGAAUGCCGCCGUAUUAGGUUUUAUAGCUAUGUGUUAGACAGUUUGAAAAGGCGUCAAGAUGAUGAUCGAAGUUGCUGAAAGAAACUCGCCGAUAAUUUGUCGUAAGUGAUUACGAUUGUGUGAUCAAAGUAGAAUAAACUGCACCCCACUAAGUUCUUAUUCGUAUCGCGUCAAAAUUACCGUAAACUCUCUAUAAUGAAACUAAAGGGAUUCACACUUAUUUAUGUUACUUACUUAUGUAAGCAAAACAAACGCUAACUAAAAACUGUUUCUGCCGUAACCUAAGGCUAUCUAUUAACUUGAAACUCAGUCUUGACUUUCGGACUGAAAUAUCCAAAUUUCGAAACGUUUCGCUACUAUUCUGUGUUUAAUUUUUUUUUAACUUCAGGAAUGGGAUUCGAUAAUGUGUAAUAUUUCACGCAGAAGUCAGUAUGACUUUCAAAUUAGACUGCUAAAGACGUUAAUAAAUUUUAACCGAAAUUCUGUGUCCAAUGUCUAUAAAUUACUUUUUUCGUCAU